GUUGUGGAUCUGAGAAUCUUUUUCAUACUUUUUUUUUGGGCUACAGUAAUAACAACACACCCUCCUUCAUUCUCAUUGCUACUUAUGUAUCGUUUGGUUUUUAUUUUCCUUACUUUUCGGUCUUCUGUUGAGUCAUUUUAUGCUCUUGUCCCUACUCGCGCAACUACAUCCAUAUACACCCACACUCACAACUCACACACACACACACACACACAACCCGUUAUCUUUUCUUCUUUUUCUUUUUCAUGUUUCUUGUUUCUAUGCACUGCACCUUUUGGUUUUUGGUUGGCAUUGUGCCUUCCCUGUAACAGUAAAGCCCCCUCUUAUAAUAUUACAACACUUUUUGUUUAGGAUACAUAACCCUUAACAAAAUUGAAAAAUAAAAGAAUUAUCGAACCCCCAUA